AUGUGAACAUGUAAACUGUAAAGUUUACCAAACAAUAUGUAAACAAGAUUUGCGUCCGGUGUGAAGCAAUGAAUGAAAUAUAUUUUACGUAUUUAUGCAUUUUUUCUGUCAUCGUUAGCGAAGUGCGCGUCGGAAAAUAGAGAACGAUGGAUUAUGAUUUUAAAGUUAAAACGGCAGCGGAGCGCAUCAAAGUAGAAGAUUUAUUCGAAUUUGAAGGCUGUAAGGUCGGGCGAGGGACAUACGGUCAUGUUUACAAAGCACGGAGAAAAGACGGGACAGAUACCAAAGACUACGCCUUAAAACAAAUCGAAGGAACAGGUCUAUCUAUGUCGGCUUGUAGAGAAAUAGCGCUUCUACGUGAACUGAAGCAUUCAAAUGUCAUUAAUCUUAUUCGAGUAUUCCUUUCUCAUAACGAUCGUAAGGUAUGGCUGUUGUUUGAUUAUGCGGAACAUGAUUUGUGGCAUAUAAUAAAGUAUCAUCGUGCAGCGAAAGCAAAUAAGAAGCCAGUAAUGGUACCAAAGGGCAUGGUUAAAUCAUUGUUGUAUCAAAUUUUGGAUGGUAUUCACUACUUACAUUCGAACUGGGUUCUACAUAGAGAUCUGAAACCAGCAAAUAUCCUUGUAAUGGGAGAAGGACCUGAGCGAGGCCGUGUGAAGAUUGCUGAUAUGGGGUUUGCACGUCUCUUUAAUGCUCCACUCAAGCCUCUAGCUGACCUUGACCCUGUGGUAGUCACAUUUUGGUACAGAGCUCCUGAGCUGCUACUGGGUGCACGCCACUACACAAAAGCCAUUGAUAUAUGGGCAAUAGGCUGCAUAUUUGCUGAGUUGUUAACAUCAGAACCAAUUUUCCAUUGCCGGCAAGAGGAUAUCAAAACAAGUAACCCGUAUCAUCAUGAUCAGCUGGACAGAAUAUUUAAUGUGAUGGGAUUUCCAUUGGAGAAGGAUUGGGAAGAUAUUAAGAAGAUGCCAGAACAUCCAACACUUCUUAAAGAUUUUAAACGAGCCAACUAUUCAAACUGCUCAUUGGUGAAGUAUAUGGAUCGACACAAAAUUAAACCUGAUAGCAAAGCAUUCCAUUUGUUACAAAAGCUACUGUUGAUGGACCCAACAAAGAGGAUAACAUCUGAGCAGGCUAUGCAGGAUGCCUAUUUUCAGGAGGAGCCACUUCAUACAGCUGAUGUGUUUGCUGGCUGUGCAAUUCCAUAUCCAAAGAGGGAAUUCUUGACUGAUGAUGACAACGAGGAUAAGUCAGACAACAAGGCUCGACAGAAUCAGCCGCCCAAUGGCAACCAAGGUGGUGGAGGAGACCAAGGCAAUCACAACCACCACAAUGGCCAUGGGCCAAGUGCAAAACGUGUACGUCUUCAGCAGCCAGGUGCAGGAGGGCUCUCAGCUCAGCAGCAACAGCAGCAACAACAGCAACAGCAGCAAGCCCAACAGCAGCAACAACAACAAGCACAGCAGCAGCAGGCACAGCAACAACAGGCAGAUUUCCAUCAGCAGCAACAGCAACAGCAACAACAGCAAGCAGCAGCAGCUGCAGUCGCUGCUGCUGCCAUGAUAUAUACAUCCACUGCAAACACACAACCGCAAGCAUCGUUCCAACGUUUCUGACCGGCAGCAAUAUUGCCUUGUGAAUGACUGUUGAGUGCCAAAAAUUGGUGCUGUUUUUUAAUGCCAUGAUUCAUUGAAUAGACUGAUGAUAGUGCACAAACCAUUGUGUUGAUGUCUGUCGUUCAGGACUGCGGGUGACUUUCAGCACCAACAUUUUUACUGAAUGCAUAAAUGCUACAAACACGCUCUUGAGAGACACAAACUUAUAGGUUGCUGACAGGACAUACAAGGCAUCCACCACUCACAUAAAGUGCUCUUAUGAAGGGAAAUGGCUUUUAACUGAAUGAUCAUUUAAAAAUACUGUACAUGUGAUGGGUAUGUCUUAUACAAGUGCAAUAAAAGUUUACAUCUAAAUUCA